UCGGUGCAAUGUCCAAUAAACAUGUGUGUCUAGUUCCAAAUGAAUGGGGAAAGAAAUAUUACACCCCAGACGUCUUGGAAGUUAUAAUAAAAAAAGAAGUAACUUGUGAACAAAUAACUAAAAAAAUUGAAGGCGUUGGCAUUCGGGUAGAAGGUGUAACAGCACAUCUUCGAUAUAAUGGCCAACAGCCCUGGAUGCGUAAGGAUAAUGAUAAGAAGUCCUGGCCAAGUCCCAGAGAAUACUUUGGUGUUUACAUGUCCUGCGAUAAUUGCCGUGAACCUGUGGACAAGUACAUGGCACUCUGCAGCAUGCAAGGAUCUAUAAUCUCCGAUGCUGGGUCUCAUAGACACAUGUACCUAGUGCCCUAUGAAUGGUUAUCAAUACCAUGGGCCGACUUGGAAUUUACAAUCCACAAAGAAAUUUCAAGCUAUUAUAGCAAGUUUGGAAAACUUGAAGGCGUUGCUAUUUACGUUCAAGGUGUAUUAGCAAUCUUACAAUAUAAUGGUCAAGAGCUCUGGAUGUGUAAAGUUCAAGAUCAACGGGAUAAACCACACCCUAGAGAAUACUUUGCAAUUUUUAUACCUUGCUUGUUCUGCUUUGAACCGUAAGUUAUAUUUCUAAAUUAUACAGCUUCUUUAUUACAUCAUGGACAUACAUACGAAAGUAAACACAUAAAUCGUCCCAACAUUCUCAUAUUAAGUUUCCUUAACAAGAAAUCGGAUAGGAGGGAAUUAGAAAGGAUAAGAAAGGAACUAUUUCCAUGGUUUAUACAUUAAUAGUUUAUAGACAAAUUGACAAAAAUAAUCGCACAGUUUGAACUGGGAAUCGAACCCAGACCGUGUCAAUUACGUGCUGACCGUUUUACUACUUUAGUGAUCCAGGCUUGUGACGUAUUUCGUCCAAUUUAUUUACAUCCAUUCAAGGUCAGUUUUCAUAUGACACAUAAUUAAUUUAGUCAUUUGGUUUCAGGAACAAACCCUUGUACAGACGGAAUUAAUAAGCCAGCGAAUUGAUAAGCCAGCUCACUAAAGAUUAGA